AAUUCGCGAGGGGUCUUUUCAAAAUGGCAGCGUCCAGACCGCUUGUCGCUGUUCGUGGUACGAAUGGUGUGGCACUCUACCACGGUCAGCCGGACUACUCGGAAGUCAGUGGAUUUCGCAGGGACCCAACACGGAACUGCAGGGUCAUCGCAUUUAGCAGAGAUGGAAAGCUUCUAGCCUGGACCAACGAAGAGGUGGUGCAAGUUGUCUCGCUGCCGUCGUUCGAAAAGGUCUUUGAGGUUGCAAAGCCCAAAACACUUUACCUUGACUUCUCUCCAAAAGGGACCAUCUUGUGCACGUGGGAACAGUACGCAGGCUCCAAAGAAGCUCCGGAGCAGCCAAACCUACACAUCUACGACAUUAAAUCAAACAAGUGCCUGCGCUCCAUUGUUCAAAAGAAGCAGAGCAGUUGGCAGCUUCAGUGGUCGGAUGAUGAGGGUAUCUGCGCACGAAACUUGAACAAUGAGGUUCAUGUCUACGAGAGCAACAACUUUGAAAAUUUCAAGCACAAGAUUCACCUACAGAAGCUAGCAGAGUACAGUCUCGCCCCGGGAAACCAGCCACAUCAUGUGGCGUGCCACGUGCCAGGCAGCAAGGGCCAGCCCUCCUUUGUUAGGGUCUUCAAGUACCCUAAUUUCGAAGGACCAAACGCCGGCAUUGCAAACAAAAGUUUCUACAAGUCGGACAGGGUGGACUUUUACUGGAACAAGAAAGGAACUGGUCUGUUGCUCCUCACCAGCACAGAGGUGGAUAAGACGGGAGGCUCUUAUUACGGAGACCAGGGCCUCCAUUUCCUUAGGACAACCGGUGACACUGCCAUGGUGAAGCGAGGCAAGGACGGCCCUGUCUACUGUGUGGAAUGGAGCCCAGAAUGCGAUCACUUUUGUGUUGUCUAUGGAUUCAUGCCGGCGAAAGCGACCCUGUACAACCUGAACUGCGACCCCGUGUUUGACAUGGGCACUGGCCCCAGGAAUGCAGUUUACUACAAUCUCCAUGGCAGCCUGCUCAUCCUGGCCGGCUUUGGGAACCUGAGGGGCAACGUAGAGGUGUGGGACGUGAAGGGGCGCAAGCAGGUGUCCAAGAGUCAGGCCGCCGACUCCACCCUGCUGUCCUGGUGCGCCGACGGCGAGCACUUUCUCACGGCCACCACUGCCCCGAGGCUGAGGGUGGGCAACGGAUACAAGCUGUGGCACUACACUGGCAGCCUGCAGCAUGAGGUCCUGUGCAAGGAGAACGAAGAACUCUGGGACGUGCAGUGGCAGCCCUUCCCGCCACAGGCCUUCCCUGCCAAGCCUGUCUCCUACAAGCAGGUGUCUGGCAUCGAGUCGUCACAACCACAGGCGUCCAAGCAGGUGUACCGUCCCCCCGGGGCCAGGGGUCAGGCACCCUCGUUCAAGGUGAAGGACGACGAACCCCCCGCGUGCGGCGACAAGGCUGCCGACGCAACAGCCGUCCCCAAGUGCGCUCUCAAGAACCAGAAGCGAAGGGAGGCCAAGAAGGCCAAGAGAGAAAACGAACAGGGUGGAGACAGUCCCGUAAAGGCUCCGGCAGCAGUCCAGAGGGUGGCCGAAGCGUCGGCACAAAACACGGAUGAAGUUAGCAAGGAGAAGAAGAUAAAAAACCUGAAAAAGAAAUUGGACCAGAUUGCCAUCCUCAAGGUGCAAGUUCAGAGUGGGAAAACUCUGGAAGCUAACCAGCUGGAGAAGAUCAAGAGGGAGAAAGACCUUUUGGACGAGCUUGAAGCACUCCAGCUGUAAAGGCGGCCAUCCACAAAACACAAAGAUUGUUACUAGGUCUAAGUGUAAUAAACUUAUUGAAUUUUG